AUGGACCAAUCUCACAAUUAAAAAAGAAAAAAGGAAAAGAAAUAGUACUGGUAAAAGAUUGUUGUUGAGGCAAACAGGAGCCCAAAUCGAAACCCAAACCCGAAGGAGCGAAAAGAUAUCCAAAUAAGGCAGGCAGCAGAGGGAGGCAGGUAUCCUGUGAUCACGAACGCACCCCCGCCCGCCCUUUGCAGGUUAAAGCAUCUUCUUGAGGGGAAUACUAAAGUUCAAAGACGACACCCAACUAUUUUCCUGGUCAUUUAAUUCUGUACGAUGGCUGAAAAAGCAUGUGUAAAACGUCUUCAAAAGGAGUAUAGAGCACUUUGUAAAGAACCUGUUUCCCAUGUAAUUGCCCGCCCUUCCCCAAAUGACAUCCUCGAGUGGCAUUAUGUAUUGGAGGGAAGCGAAGGAACACCCUUUGCAGGUGGAUAUUACUAUGGAAAAAUCAAGUUUCCUCCAGAGUAUCCUUUUAAACCUCCAGGAAUAAGCAUGACUACUCCCAAUGGGCGGUUUAUGACACAAAAGAAAAUCUGCCUGUCAAUGAGUGAUUUUCAUCCAGAAAGUUGGAACCCAAUGUGGUCUGCUUCAAGUAUCCUUACAGGGCUCCUCUCUUUCAUGAUGGACAACAGCCCUACCACUGGUAGUGUAAAUACUACCGAUGCAGAGAAGCAGUGCCUUGCGAAGGCAUCUCUGGCUUUCAAUUGUAAAAACACAACAUUUAGGAAAUUGUUCCCAGAGUAUGUGGAGAAGUAUGAGGAACAGCGGCUCUCUGAGCAACCUGCUGUAGAAAAACAACCUGUUGCUGCAAGGCAGGAAGCUAAUCCUUUGUUGGACAAAAAUGGCAAGAGAGAAGAGUUACAGAGAGUAGAAAAGCCAAAGGAGGACGUGAAACAAGUGAAGAAACAAUCAUUUCCAACUUGGAUGCUGGUGUUGCUAGUUUCAUUUGUUGGUCUUGUAAUGGCUUUGCCUCUGCUGCAACUCUGAUGCUCCAAAAAAAAAAAAAAAAGAAAAGAAACCAAACUUUGUAGUUUCUUCAGGGAAAUGUGCCCCUACUGACAUUACAAACUUUGUAAGCGGGUGCUGUUGAAAGUGGUACUGAUCCUAGUAUACUGAAGUGCGUUUGGGUAAUGUUGGAUAUAUAUAUAUAUAUAUAUAUAUAUAUAUAUAUAUUCAAUCCUUGUAGAUGUAUGGUUGGGAUUUUUUGUUGUUUAUAUGUAUGCAUACUUGGUGCAGUGUUUGAUGUUUAAA